AUGGGCCGGAGAAAGAUUGAGAUCAAGGCCAUCAAGGAUGACCGCAACCGCUCCGUUACGUUUUUGAAGCGAAAGGGUGGUCUCUUCAAGAAGGCACACGAGCUCGCUGUUCUCUGUUCCGUCGACGUAGCCGUUAUCAUUUUCGGUCACAACAAGAAACUAUAUGAGUAUUCCUCGUGUGACAUGCACGAUGCUCUCGGCCGCUAUCAAUAUUUUGGCCCUCCCCAUGAGCACAAAGGACCGGAAGACUUUGCGGGCAAGAGAGACGACGAUGACGAAGAAGACGAGGCGUCGCCAGCUCCCGAGGAUAUCCAAGCUGUUCAACAGAAUCACUCCGCCAUCCCCCCUCAUCUCCAGAACCAGCCUGCUUUCCAACACAUGAACCAUGCACCGUCCGCAUCCCCUCCGAUCCGUGGCAUGCCACUAACACGACAUGGUACACCGCAAUCACAAGCUUCCCGACCCUCUUCUCGGAAUCACGUUCGUCGAGUCAGUUCAAACUUGGGCCCGCAGCAACAUGGCACGCCGCCGCCACCCCCUGCCUCCCAAAAUGGAAACUUUACUUACAUAUCAAAUCAACCGAUGUACAAUCAGAAUGUUCAUGCGAUGAACCAACAGCCUCGACCCGGACAGUUCGCACACUUUGGGCACCCACCGGGGCCGCAUCAAGGGACACCUCCCAUGCACGCACACGGCUUGCCACAACAAAUGCCACCUCAACAUCAGGGGCCCCAGCAUUUCCCACAGCACGCUCAUCCUGUAGGAAUGCCUCCGGGAUCUCAUGCGCAGGUGCAGCAGGUUACGCAGGCAUACAUGCAAGAGCAUGGUAGAGGUUCAAUGCCCCCAGGAUUUGCACCCGAUGGCCAGCAAGAACGACCUUCCAUUUCUGAGCCUCAGGACGACUCGGGUGGGAUGAAAACAGAACACAGCCAGUCGCCACCGCAAGUGAAGUCUCUAUCCAAAUCACGAAGCAUUUUUACGCCUAUCGAUGAUCGAGGAUCCGUGCUUGCCCGCCAUUUCGGAGCAGGAGCAUCAUCAUAUGAGCCCCCUCAUAAUAGUCAUUCUCUCAGGUCUGAAGCAUCGCCUGGAACAAGAUCAAUUCCUGUCAGAGCUGCUACGGAGACCCCUCGUCCAGCGUCAGUCGCCUCUUCGUCGGAAAUCAAACCACCAUCAAGGACAAACAGUGGUACACUGCCGUCGAAGAGACCACAGCUGAAGGUUCAAAUCCCGAGCGAGAACUCUGAUGGAGGCAGUGCUACAGCCGAAUCAUCGCGUGAUUCUGCUGGGAAUAAAUCUUCUACUCCGGCGAAAGGCAGUGCAGAAAAUGGGCCCUCGGGCGUUGUCUUACCCCUCCGUCGCCCUCAGCCGGUGCAAUAUUAA